AUGGACAACUAUCACCAGCGCUUUGAGCCCAUCGCUGGACGCGAGGGGAAGCUUCAGAAGAAGAAGGGUUCCUCCUCUCACCACGCCGCACCGAGCUGCGAAGAUGGAGACCGCAAACCCAAGUUUCAUUUACACUUUAAAAACCUCACGGAUGAUGUGCUGGACAGAUUUGCCAGUAUUCGAAUCCCGGGUACUAAAAAGGAGCGCCCAAACCUGGCACACUGCAAACACAACACCAGUGACUGGUCCAUUUCCUCUUCCUCAUCCACCUCAGCCGAGUUUGAGGUGCUCUCAUCAAAGAUCACGUCAGAGAAAGAGAUCCUGCCUUUGUUCGAGAAGAUGAUGGAAGACAUGAACUUGAAUGAGGACAAAAAGGCUCCUUUGAGAGAAAAAGACCUCAACACAAAGCGGGAAAUGGUCAUCCAAUAUGUUUUUGCUGCCUCCAAAACUGGUAGCCUAAGAAGCAGCCACCAGAUCUCUCCCCAGGAGUUUCUAGGAGAACUAAAGUCCGGAGUGACAGAGGAGCGCUUAUUUGCCUGCCUGGACUCACUGCGUGUGUCCCUUACCAGCAAUCCCGUCAGUUGGGUGCAGAACUUUGGGCAUGAGGGUCUCGGGCUGUUGCUGGACGUUUUGGACAGACUGCUGUUAAAGAAACACCAGGAGAAGAUGGACAAAAGGAACCAGCACAAAGUCAUCCAGUGUCUUAAAGCCUUCAUGAACAACAAGUAUGGCUUGGAACGAAUCUUUGGGGAGGAAAAGUGCCUGGCCCUGUUGGCAAGAGCCAUCGAUCCCACCCAGCCGGCGAUGAUGACUGAUGUGGUCAAGCUGCUGUCGGCCAUCUGUAUUGUGGGUGAAGAGAACACUUUGGAGAAGGUCCUCGAAGCUAUCACCGCGGCAGGGGAGCUGCGGGCCAUCGAGAGGUUCAGUCCUAUUGUACAAGGACUCCAAGAUCGCUCUGUUCAAUUACAAGUAGCAUGCAUGCAGCUCAUCAAUGCACUAGUAACAUCUCCUGAUGAGCUGGACUUAAGGCUACACAUCAGGAAUGAAUUUAUGCGCUGCGGCCUUAAAGAGAUAUUACCGCAACUGAUGACUAUCAGAAAUGAGGCUCUGGACAUUCAGCUGAAGGUGUUUGAGGAGCACAAAGAGGAGGACCUGAUGGAGUUUGCUCAUAGACUGGAGGACAUCAAGAGUGAGCUUGAUGAUGUGGGAGAUGUAUUCAGUGUUGUUCAGAGCAUGGUGAAGGACAGCAGCGCAGAAUCUUAUUUCCUCUCCAUACUGCAGCACCUGAUGCUGAUCCGCAAUGAUCAUCUGGUCAGGCCACAGUACUUUAAGAUCAUCGAGGAGUGUGUGUCUCAGAUUGUCCUCCACCGCAGUGGCACUGACCCAGACUUUGGUUACCGCAAGCGUCUAGACGUGGACUUCAGCCACCUCAUUGAGGAGUGCGUGGAUAAGGCACGGAUUGAUGAAUAUGAACAAAGAGCAUCAGAGCUGGCACAGAAAUUUGAUGAGGAGUUUCUGAGCAGACAAGAGGCACAAGCUCAGCUGGUUAAGUGUGAGGAGAAAAUAGCUGUACUCCAAGCAGAGCUCCAGGCCUUCAGGUCCCAGUUUGGAGCCAUACCUGUGGGUCCGUCAUCUCCCCAUGUCGCUCCCUCUUCAUACCCCCCUGGACUUCCACCUCCUCCCCCGGUCCCUGGAAAUCCAGUACCCCCUCCUCCUCCUCCCCCGCCACCCUUGCCUUCUUUCUGUGCUGCUCCACCACCCCCACCUGGAGUUCCUCCCCCGUUUGGCGCCCCUCCUCCUCCACCUCCAGGAUUCGGGGGCAUUCUGAGCUCCCCAACCCACAGUGUGCUGCCUUAUGGCCUCGUGCCCAAGAAGGAGUUUAAGCUAGAGACCUCCAUGAAGCGCUUCAACUGGUCCAAGAUCCGUCCCCAGGAAAUGUCAGAGGGCUGCUUUUGGGUGCUGGCUGACGAGGACCAAUACGCGAAGCCCGAGCUACUCGGCAGACUGACUCUAACUUUUGGUUCUCAAAGAACAGCCAAGAGAGAAGAGGACGAUCUGGAUGAGAAGAGAUCGAUAAAGAAGCGAAUCAAAGAGCUGAAGGUUCUCCAUCCGAAGAUUGCGCAGAAUCUCUCCAUCUUCCUAGGCUCCUUCCGCAUGCCUUACGAGGAGAUCCGUCGGAUGAUAGUGGAGGUUGAUGAGGAGCAUCUUACUGAACCUAUGAUCCAGAAUCUGGUGAAGCACUUGCCUGAGCAGGAGCAGCUCAAUGCCUUGACCAAAUACAAAAACCAGUAUUCAAGUUUGUCAGAGCCUGAACAGUUUGGGGUUGUGAUGAGCUGUGUGAAGUGGCUGCGUCCCCGCCUCAGCCACAUCCUCUUCCGGCUGCAGUUUGAAGAACAGGUCAACAACCUGCGUCCCGACAUCUUGUCCGUGAACGCAGCCUGCGACGAGGUCAGGAAGAGCCGCUCGUUCGGCUGCCUGCUGGAGCUGGUUCUGCUGCUCGGCAACUACAUGAACUCAGGCUCGCGGAACGCCCAGUCGUACGGUUUUGACCUCAGCUCCCUCUGCAAGCUGAAAGACACGAAAUCUGCGGACCAGAAGACGACACUGCUCCAUUUCCUUGCACAGGUGUGCGAGGAAGAGUUUCCCGAAGUGAUAAAGUUCGUUGAUGACCUGGGGCAUGUGGACCGUGCGAGCAGAGUAUCUGCAGAGAAUCUAGAGAAAAGCCUGAGGCAGAUGGAGAAGCAGCUGCUACAACUGGAGAGGGACCUGAAGACUUUCUCUUCCCCGGAUGACCCAAACGACAUGUUCCUCACCAAAAUGGCUAGCUUUGCCCAGUGUGCACGGGAGCAGUAUGGCAAGCUGGUGAUCAUGCACAGCAACAUGGAGACACUCUACCAGAAGAUGGUGGAGUACUUUGCCAUAGAUCCCAAGAAAACGUCUGUGGAGGAGCUGUUCACUGAUGUCAGCAACUUCCGCACCAUGUUCAGUCAAGCUCUGAAGGAAAACCUCAGGAGGAGGGAGACGGAGGAGAAGCAGCGGCGGGCCCGGGCGGCAAAAGAGAAGGCCGAGCGCGAGAAGCAGGAGAGACAGCAGAAGAAGAAGAGGUUGCUGGAGGUCAACGCAGAAAACGAUGAGACAGGAGUGAUGGAUAGUUUGCUGGAAGCCCUACAGUCAGGAGCUGCAUUCAGAGAUCGCAGGAAGAGAGUGCCUAGAACCAAAGAUAACCAGAAGGAGAUCAUCAGCCCGAGCUCCUACCGCCAGGUUCUCAAGCCCGUUAACCAUGAAAACACCAAGUCACCUUUGCAAAGGUCUCGCUCUCGGCAGAAUAUAAAUGUGGGCUCGGUGGCGGUGAAAGGCCCCCCUGCCAAGGAGGCUCAUUACGAGGCAGAGGGCUAUCCAUCUGCAGCCAGGGGCAAGGCUGCUGCACGUACGGAGCCAACGCAGAGGCACAGGCAGACCCCCGGCCACAGCCAGGCGCCAGAGAGGGAGAGGGCGGCCGGGACGACGGAGAGGGAGAAAAGGAUAGACAGUGACGUGGAGGUUGCCGCAAAGCCCCCGACUUCCCAGUCCUCCUCCUCCUCGAUCGGCAGCACCGCCACCGGCGGUGGUGGCACCAAUGGCGAGUCGGAUGUCGAGGCUCUGCUGGCUCGACUGAGGGCCCUGUGA